AUGGCCAAGAAAAUGGAUAUGUCUUUGGAUGACAUCAUUAAGCUGAACCGGAGCCAGCAAGGCAGUGGCGGCAAAGGCCAUGACUGGAGCACUGCCGGCUACGGUGGUGUCAUGCAGGCCCCUGUGUGGGGGAAUCGACGCAGCAGGUCUCUGAGGAACCGGCCUACCAUGAGUGGUGGCUCUGCAGGAGGAGGCAGGAACCAGCCGGUUCCCUACAGCAGGCCUAAACAACUUUCCAACAAGUGGCAGCAUGACCUAUUCGACAGCCAUUUCUGUGGUGGAGCCAGCAUGGAGAUGGGCAGAAAGCUGUUGGUGUCAAACCUUGACUGCGGGGUGUCAGACGCGGAAAUUCAGGAACUCUUCUCAGAGUUUGGAACACUGAAGACAGGAGCUGAGCACUAUGAUCGCACCGGACAACGUUUAGGGACAGCACAUGUGCACUUUCAACAGAAGGCAGAUGCCCUGAAGGCUAUGAAACAGUACAAUGGUGUCCCUUUAGAUGGCCCCUCCAUGAACAUUCAGCUUGUCACAUCACAGACUGACUCACAAAGAAAACCUGCACAGAGAAUGAACAGAGGUGCCAUGAGGAGAAACCAUGGCUCAGGGUGUUUUGGUGGUGGCCUCAUCCGGAGAGGGACCCGUGGAGGCAGCAUUGGAAGAGGUAGAGGUACGAGCAGGAACUCAAAGCAGCAUCUUUCUGCCGAGCAGUUGGAUGCAUAG